AUGCAACGCAAGGUUCCUGUCUUCUUCACAAAGGAUGCGAUCCUUUUAUACCUUGUGUUUCAUUACCUCGAACCAUUCAUGCUUCAGCACUUUACCGUGGAAUAUCCAUAUUUUUACAUGUACUUUUCGAUUUCCAUAGGCUCUUUGAAAUUCCUGCAUCUUUCACCAGCGUUGUUCUGGGGCCCCAUUGACACUGCUGCGCUGGGCGCCGUGAAGAGAGGUUUUUGCACUCCUGGAGCCGCAUAUGACCUGCAAUCUAUUUGCGUGUCUUUCAUGCAAUUUAAAAUCCCUGAAAUGCACCGUAAUGAACUACAUAACUUGGACUGA